AUGGAAGUACCAGCCAGCGCCCCGCAACUAGGCCAUGAAGUUCCAGAUUCCAAGCCUCCAAAGGCCGGAGAGGAUUCUACCGCCGCCACCGCCACCGCCACCGCCACCGCCACUUCGGCUAACCAGGAUGGAAGGAAGAGGAAGCUCGACCAUGACGGGUUCCGUAUGUCCAAGUAUUUCAAGAUUUGUUCUAUUGUCAAAGAGCUGCGGCCCUUCUUUGUUGAGGUUUCACGGACCCCUAACUUCAGAGACGGCAAAGUUUCCCAUGAAAUUCAAAUACGAAUGAAGUCCUUGAUAGAAUUAACAAAACAAUUGAGGACUGAAACAUCUAUCGCAGAGUGCUGUGAAACUCCUGUGAAAGAACCUUUAUCUGCAGUUGUUAAGGAGGAGAACAUCGAAAAACAUCCUGAGGGACAUAAGCAAGCGCCGCCACCGCCACUACCAGGUGAGGACCGAGCUGCAUCAGUCAAUGCCAUUGAAAAUGGCAUUAGAGAGAAAAACGAAGGACUGGAAGAAUUGCAGAACAUCAACGAAAGAGAGUUCACAGAGCCUUUCUUGGUCGGUGCUUCGCCAAUUGGUUGGAAUUUUCUGGUUUACCCUGGUAAGAAACCAGUCUUCUAUGGCAUCUCAAAGGAAACUACAUUAGCCCAGCGCGCUAAGACUGAGUAAUUUGUUUCUACCCUUCUUCUCCCUUGCCUUUGAAUGAAAUUUUAAUGUGCUUUAGAAUGAUUGAGUAAAUUAUGUUAUCUAGAACCAGUUUUAGAACCAUAAUUUGAGAGGACAAAGUGCUUAAACAUUGCUUAAUGUGUAUCAUAUUGUAAUCUGUAUGAUAAUUUGCUCCAUUUGCAGACUAUGCCAUGCCAAAGCUAUUUGUUUCUGUUAGUUGAUAUAUCUAAAAUUGCUCGGCUAUUCUUCUUUG